AUGCUGCAGUCUUGAGCCGGUCCGGUCCUCCGCCUCCUCUCCUCGCCGCCUCCUUCUUAUUGACCCGGCAGCCUCGUGGAGCUGCUGGCCAUGCCGCUGAAACAUUAUCUCCUUUUGCUGGUGAGCUGCCAGGCCUGGGCUGCAGGUUUGGCCUACUAUGGCUGCCCCAGCGAAUGUACCUGUUCCCGGGCCUCCCAGGUAGAGUGCACAGGGGCACAAAUUGUGGCGAUGCCUUCCCCUCUGCCCUGGAAUGCUAUGAGCCUGCAGAUCCUUAACACACACAUCACCGAACUCCCCGAGGACAAGUUCCUCAACAUUUCAGCCCUCAUCGCCCUGAAGAUGGAGAAGAACGAGCUGGCCAACAUCAUGCCAGGUGCCUUCCGCAAUCUGGGCUCGCUGCGUCACCUCAGCCUUGCCAACAACAAACUAAAGAACCUGCCCGUUAGGCUCUUCCAGGAUGUGAACAAUCUGGAGACCCUCCUGCUGUCCAAUAACCAGCUGGUGCAGAUCCAGCCGGCCCAGUUCUCCCAGUUUAGUAAUCUUAAGGAACUCCAGUUGUAUGGCAACAAUCUGGAAUACAUCCCCGAAGGAGUCUUUGACCACCUGGUAGGUCUCACCAAACUCAACCUGGGCAACAACGGCUUCACCCACCUAUCCCCUAGGGUCUUUCAGCAUCUGGGCAACCUCCAGGUGCUUCGGCUAUAUGAGAACAGGCUUUCAGACAUCCCCAUGGGCACUUUUGAUGCACUUGGCAACCUCCAGGAGCUGGCCCUCCAAGAGAACCAGAUUGGCACCCUCUCCCCUGGCUUGUUCCACAAUAACCGUAACCUCCAGAGACUGUAUCUAUCCAACAACCACAUCUCACAUCUGCCCCCUGGCAUCUUCAUGCAGCUGCCCCACCUUAACAAGCUCACACUCUUUGGGAAUUCCCUGAAGGAGCUUUCCCCGGGGGUCUUUGGGCCCAUGCCCAACCUGAGGGAGCUUUGGCUCUACAACAAUCACAUUACCUCCCUCCCUGACAAUGCCUUCAGCCACCUGAACCAGUUGCAGGUUCUGAUUCUUAGUCACAACCAGCUCAGUUACAUCUCCCCAGGAGCCUUCAAUGGGCUGACGAAUCUCCGAGAACUGUCCCUCCACACCAAUGCUCUACAGGACCUGGAUGGGAAUGUCUUCCGAUCACUGGCCAACCUGAGGAACGUCUCACUCCAGAAUAACCGCCUUCGACAGCUCCCUGGCAGCAUCUUCGCCAACGUCAAUGGUCUCAUGACCAUCCAACUGCAGAACAACAAUCUAGAGAACUUGCCUCUGGGCAUCUUUGAUCACUUAGGGAACCUGUGUGAGCUUCGUCUCUAUGACAACCCCUGGAGAUGUGACUCAAACAUCCUCCCACUUCAUGACUGGCUCAUUCUCAACAGAGCCAGGUUGGGGACAGACACUCUUCCAGUGUGUUCCAGUCCAGCCAGUGUCCGAGGCCAGUCCCUUGUCAUCAUCAAUGUCAAUUUCCCUGGACCCAGUGUCCAGGGCCCAGAAACCCCUGAAGUAUCUAGCUACCCAGAUACAUCCAGCUAUCCUGACAGCACAUCCAUUUCUUCUACCACAGAGAUCACCAGGUCUACCGAUGAUGACUACACCGAUCUAAACACCAUCGAACCCAUUGAUGACCGCAAUACAUGGGGCAUGACUGAUGCCCAGAGUGGGCUGGCCAUUGCUGCCAUUGUGAUUGGCAUCAUAGCUUUGGCCUGUUCCCUCGCUGCCUGUAUCUGCUGCUGCUGCUGCAAAAAGAGGAGCCAGGCAGUCCUGAUGCAGAUGAAGGCUCCCAAUGAGUGCUAGGGAGGCAAGCUCGAACAGGGUGGGGGAAGGAGGAGGUCAGAGGAUCCGAGAAGGUGAUCAUUCAACUUCCAAACCUGGGGCCACAUAACCAGGCCCUGGUGGCCCCAGGGGAAAUGUGCCCCAUCUUGUCCUGUGCCCCUGAAUCUUCUAUAGAGAAGCAGGUGUUUCAGGACCUUUUACUCCCAGAGAAAUCUAAUUGGUCAUUAAAAAAAAAAAAAAGCAAGCAAGCAAGAAACCAAUCAACCAAGGGGUUUCUCGGUCAGUGCCUAGGCAACUUUCUGAGGGGCCCUCUGCCAAAUCCUCACUUCUUUCAAGAACAAGCUUCCCCGUGCCCAGCCCCUCCCAACCUCUGUAGACUUAAUGAUGACAAGGCCUGCUCACAUGGUGAGAUAGUUCUCUGCUGGCACAGCUGUGCCUCAAAGUAUUAUAGAUGCUGCUUUCUUUUUUUUCCCCUCUCGCUUCUCCUUUUUGUGCCACGGCUUGACUCUGUCUCUUCCAGUGAGAGGUCCCCCUUUUGUUUAUCUGCUGCUGAAGACAGACUAUAUUCUCUCUCCGAGAGGGUUUGAAUCUUUUAGCUCACUGCACUGGCUUUGGAGGGUGUUCUGCAAGACAGGAAGACAUCUGUGCCAUCUGAUCCAAGGCAGUGUUAUUGUCAGCAUCUGCUGUGCCAAGCUCAGCCUUUCAGAGGAGCAUGUUUAAAGCCUCAAGCUUUCCUUCAAAGAGCCUGGCCCUUGAUGGUAUAGAAUCAUGCCAAAUGGCUAAGUUCUCAAAACACAAAAAUCAGCUCACUGAAAGUGGCUGAAGAAUGUGACCCGCUGCCUGGGGUCCUUGCACACCCUGCUGCCUUUGCCUCUUCUGAUUUUGUAUUGAAGCAUCACACACAUACCCGUGUGAUUGGCAUGAUACCAAGAAAUGGUAUUGUAGUGACUCCCCACUCCAAGCUUGUUCUGGGGGACUUUCUGGGGAUGCUGGAGAGUUUCUAGCUUCCCCAUGGUCUGGGGAAGGAUUCUUACAACCUCCCCUACCUCUCCAUGGGAAGGAAGCCUUUGCAUAGGCCCAGCUGUUAGGAGUAAAAGAGAUGUAGGUGCAGUCAGGACAAAAAGCAGCCACGCUGGCCAGACCAGAAGCAUAGAAACGACAGUGGCCUGUGCAAGCACUUCUUCCCUGACAGUGAGCCCCGUGUUGCUCAUUGGCAGCCCCUCUACUAAUCCUUUUAUGGGCAUUCUAGGCCUGUAUCUGUUUCUAAUUUUUGUUCCCCACUUGGGGGGAAGCAAAAUUGCUAAGAGAUGAGAUCUUCCAGCUGAACGACCAAGUGUAAUGGAAACCAGGAAUCAGUCUAUACUGUGGUCAAAUUCUCCAUCAGCAUUAGUCAGCUGUAGCUAGAGUGCAGCGUGUUUACAGACAGCAGAUAUCGGGGCACGCUGGAAGGUCACACGAGGGUAUGGGGUGCUCUGCAGAACUUUCUGCCUGGGGUCUGGUUGUGAACUGAGUGGUUUAGUUUAGAGUUUUCUCUUUGGGUGACAGUCACACUAUAUCUGCCUUAGCUCUGUUUCCUGCUACAAACUAUUUCUGCACAUUAAACAGUUCUGAUAAGACAACACAGCUUUCUCAGGACGACUAAUACACCAAUCCAUGCAGAAGUAAAAGCUUCAAAAUAAGCAGACAUGGUGGGUCAUGUCUUUAGUGAGUUCAAGAGUAGCCUGUCUACAGAGCAAGUUCCAGGAUGGCCAGGGCUAUGCAGAAAGACCCUCCCUCAAAAACAACACAGGAAACAAAGAAUUUCAGGUUUCUCUGUAAGUGAGGGAAAGACCCCAGCUAAGCACAGGGAUUUGUGAAGUGACUCUAUCUCCAACCUGAGGUGACACUCAUAAGGCAAAUCAGAAACCCCUCUGGGUCUUGGCAAUGUGGAACUUACACUAUGUCCAGGUCCCCGACAGAAUACUUCAUAAGGAACGCUUGUGAGAACCAACACACUCGAUGGCCCAGGGAAGCUGAUGUUGGUCAAAAGACAUCAUCUUUCCAAGGCCAAUCUGGGUCGUCAAAGUGUUUGUAAAGUAUCUCUAGCAACUGGCACACACGAACCAAAGUUGUCUCCAGCCCCAGAGUGAGUGUGAGCUUGGUUCUGCUGGCUGUGGCUUGCUGGUAGGUCCUGGGGCGAAGAGAAGGAGCUGGGCCUGCUUUACAGCAGAUGGAAGCUUGACACAGUACCGUGCUCCCAGAACUAUCAGGCGCUCCUUGUGAGCUAUGCCCAUCCUCAGUGGGCUAAGGAUAGAGAGAGGUAGCAUCCAUAGUAUCCAGUGUCCCCUGCCAAUCAUAACCUGGAAACACAGGCUACAUCUGACAUUGACCAUGGCAGUGGUGUACCUCACUGGCUCAAAGGCUGGCCUGAGGACAGCUGUCCUCUAAUGACAUGCCCAGGAGCUCCCAGGCAGUGAGCGAAGGCACAGUUCCUCAAAAUCACAUUUUCUAGUCAGGGAGAGAGUUGGCAGAACACUGGGUGGAGGGUCCUUUCCAAUAAGGUAAUCCAUUUUGCUCAGUUCUUGGGCUGGAAAAAGCUCUGUGGUCCCUAGAAGUCUGUGAUAGGGUGCAGAGUUCAAUCCACUCGCCUCAUCUGUUCAGUGCUUUCUAGACUGCCAUCCCAGCCUUGUGCAGAGUGGGGAGAACAGUUGACUCUAGAAGGCUAAUAAAGGCCAACCAGAACUAGCAUGGUAAAGAUGUUCAGGGCCUGGGUGUCCUUCAAAGCUCUUCCCCUAACCCUCUUGGCACCUUAGGAAACUAGUUCCACCAUUAUCUUUUGUGAGUCUUUUCUGCACAGUGCCCAACUUACAAUCCCUGUAGAGGCUUCAUGGGCUGUCUAGGGCUUUCAUCAGGAGACUGUAGGAAACAGCUCGCAGUACAGUUACAGCUGGCUUCUUGGAGCAUCUCACCCACAGCCAUACAGUUUCCACAGGCAUCGAGAUGGUGGAAUGGAAGUGUGGAAGCCGGUUCCAGCCUUGGGAGAGCAUGAAGAACAGAAUGAUAACAUGAGUCAGGAAGCAGGCCUUGCAUGUGUCCUAGACUUAGCUAUAAACUACUUAAAGAUCUGUCCCCAGACUCCGAAGUCAGAGCCAGAUCUGGCUGUGGAAGAGAAUCUGGCUGUUGAUGAUUGCAGGAGGGAAGCCAUUAGUGUUGUCUGAGAGAGUGUGCAGCAGGUAACUUCCAUGUGGAGCCCCACCGAGUCAGGGCCCUUCUCCUAAGGAGAGAUUGUUCUUGCCUCCCACUGUCUUUGCUCUGCCUUCUAGAACAAUCAUGCUUGACUUACUAGACAGUCUCCGCAAGUAGUCCCAGUUGCUUGGCAGUGCAUUUAGAGAUUUCUAGGCUCCCAGGGUUCUGUAGAAUGUGAGCCCUGCUGGGCAGGUUUAGGGGAAUCUGUCCUUUGCUAGAUGCGGCUUGUAACAGAUUUGGUGUACAGGAUCAACAAUAAACGGUAUACAAAGGG